CUGUCUUCACGCGCUCUCUCUCUUUCUCUCCCUAGUUUCCUAUUUUCUUUCACUAGGAAAGAAGCAUAGAGAGCUGCGAAAAAAAAGAAAAAAGAAAAAAGAAAAAGAAAAUCUCAACACAGCAAUUAUCAUCGUUAUCAUCGAUUUAGGGUUAGGGUUAGGGUUAUCCCUAAUCCGGGAUUUAACUACCAGUUACUGUUAUCAGAAUCAGAAAAGAUGGGAGCCAAUUCUCCAUCGUCAGAUUCAAUCUCCGAUCUCGAUGAACAGAUCUCGCAACUCAUGCAGUGCAAGCCUCUCUCGGAGCCACAGGUAAGAGGAUUGUGUGAAAAGGCUAAGGAGAUACUCAUGCAAGAAAGCAAUGUUCAGCCUGUGAAAAGCCCUGUGACAAUCUGUGGCGAUAUUCAUGGGCAGUUUCAUGAUCUUGCAGAACUUUUUCGGAUAGGAGGGAAGUGUCCGGACACUAAUUACUUGUUUAUGGGAGAUUAUGUCGAUCGGGGAUAUUACUCUGUGGAAACUGUAACGCUCUUGGUUUCCUUGAAAGUGCGUUAUCCACAGAGAAUAACUAUUCUUAGAGGAAAUCAUGAAAGUCGCCAGAUUACUCAGGUUUAUGGGUUUUAUGACGAAUGCCUACGAAAGUAUGGCAGUGCUAAUGUUUGGAAGAUGUUCACAGACCUUUUUGACUAUUUUCCAUUGACUGCAUUGGUUGAGUCGGAAAUAUUUUGCCUGCAUGGUGGACUGUCCCCUUCGAUAGAAACCCUGGACAACAUAAGAAAUUUCGAUCGUGUUCAGGAGGUUCCUCAUGAAGGAGCAAUGUGUGAUCUUUUGUGGUCUGACCCAGAUGACCGUUGUGGUUGGGGUAUAUCACCUCGUGGUGCUGGGUAUACUUUUGGGCAGGAUAUAUCUGAGCAAUUCAAUCAUUCAAAUAGCCUGAAGUUGAUCGCUAGAGCACACCAGCUUGUUAUGGAGGGAUAUAAUUGGGCACAUGAACAAAAAGUAGUUACCAUAUUCAGCGCACCUAAUUACUGUUACCGCUGUGGAAACAUGGCUUCUAUAUUGGAAGUUGAUGACUGCAAGGACCACUCUUUCAUUCAGUUUGAACCAGCUCCGAGGAGAGGAGAGCCUGAUGUGACCCGUAGAACACCGGAUUAUUUCCUAUAAAUCAGCCUUCAGUAUCAUCCGAUCCUAACAUUAUGCUGAGGUGGGUUGGAUUUUGUAGAUGCAAGAGAAAUGUAUCUGCGAAGCUUAAUAUAUAAAGAACAUCCUUUAGAUUGUAUCUUCUUCUCUGGCCAAGUUGUGGAUAGUCCUGUUUCAUCUUAAUUUUGCUUUUGCCUGUAGGAUGAUAAAUGGAUUGGAUAUGUCAUGCUUUACUAAUUUUUGUAAUUCUCAACUAGAGCUGUUAAAAAAUGUCUUUUCUCUCUCUCUAGAUAUAUUAUAUAGUGUUGUGGUGAA